AUGAAUGUUUCUAACUUCACCACCGAUCAGUCUGCUCUUUUGGCCUUCAAAGCCCAUAUCACUUUCGAUCAUUCUCAUCACAUAUUGGCAAAUAACUGGUCCUCUGCCACCUCAAUUUGUGACUGGAUUGGUGUCUCUUGCGGCAAACACCACCGCAGAGUGGUGGCCUUGAAUCUCCCUGGAGGCACCAUCCCAUCUCACAUUGGGAACCUCUCAUUUCUAUCCUACGCCAGCAUUUCCAACAACACUUUCCAUGGUCAUCUUCCUAGUGAGAUGGCUCGAUUGCAUCGCCUAAAAGUUGUCGACUUCAAAUUCAACAACUUGAAUGGAAGUGUUCCGGCAUGGUUUGGAAAAUUACCCAAGCUUCAGUACUUGGUUCUCGCAAACAACAGUUUCACGGGUUGGGUUCCACCUUCCAUUGGCAACAUAUCAACAUUAGAGUCUCUCAAUUUAAUGCACAAUUUUCUGGAGGGAAGAGUUCCUGAAAAGAUAGGUGAUCUUCCUAAACUGAAGCAGCUGCGCAUGGGAUUUAACUAUUUUUCGGGGUCUAUACCGUCAACCAUCUUCAACAUCUCAUCACUUCAAUUGAUUGAAUUCUCAUCUACUAAGAUGUCUGGUAGUCUUCCGGAUGAUAUGUGUAUUUCAAUUCCCAAACUUGAAUUUAUCCAUCUUUCUUGGAAUGAGUUUGAUGGCCAAAUUCCAUCAACUCUGGGUGAAUGCAGAGAGCUCCAAAUCAUAUCAUUGUCUGUUAAUAAAUUCAGUGGGAUCAUACCCAGAGGAAUCGGAAAUUUGACCAUUCUCCAGACGUUGUAUCUUGGUGAUAAUAACAUCACAGGUGAAAUUCCAGAAGAGAUGGGUAAUCUUCAGAGGUUGGAGAUCCUAUCCAUCAGAACGGCUAGUCUCACUGGUCUCAUCCCAUCUUUCAUAUUCAACAUCUCUUCUUUAAAGAAGCUUAAUCUUCAAGAAAAUAGUUUAUAUGGUAGUCUACCUGUGCCUGUAUGCUCCCCUCUUCCAAUGCUUGAAGUUGUCUCUCUAUGGAGUAACAAAUUGACGGGAAGCAUUCCAGGAGGAAUCGGAAACUGUACUUCACUCAAACAUUUCAGUCUUGCUGAAAAUAACUUCACAGACCAACCCAGAAACCAACAUCCAGCAACUGAAGAUUAG